AAUGCGAAAAAAACACACACACACACAAAAACACAAAACAAAAAUUACAGAAGACAAAAGAAUUGAUAUUGAGGGUCGCGGGUGGGUUGACGAGCUAAGCAAACACUACCAGUUCUUUGGGCUUUGCUACCACCGGAAGAAGCAGUUUAUACAAUACACACAGUACUACUAGCAAUUCCAGUUAGCUGCACUUCAGCAAACAGUCAUACAAAGGCAAAUGUCAGAACCUCCAGUAAUGUACAUAAAAACAGAAGAUGAUGAUGAUGAUGAUAAUAAAGAGAAUUUGAAGAAGAAAAUAAAAUACUUAGAAGAAGAGAACGAAACCUUGAAGAAAGCUCUUGAACAGCUACAACAGCUGCAAGGCAAAUGUUGUGACUGGUGUGAGUUGUUGAUGCCAAAUUCAGAUCAAGAACGGACAGUGGUCAGCAAUUGGCUGGAAAGUGUUUUAAUAGCCAUCAAAAGCCAACGAGAGAACUCUGAAAUUGUUGUUGAAGAUACAACUAGCAGAUAUGUACCGUCCCUGCCAGCAGCACCCCCUCCAGUUGCUGCUCCGUCCCCUCCACCUCUUCCUCUACCUCUUUCUCCUUCAAAUCCAGGCAUGAAUCUACAGCCAUUGUUAGUUGAGGGAACAGCCAUGACAAAAUCCCUGCCAAUAAAUUACAUGAAGUUAAAAGCAAUUCUACGAGCAACAAAUGAACGACUCGGAGAUAAAAUGAAAUAUCUUUUAAACAAGUUGGUUGAUGCUAUGUUCACACGCGAUGAGCUGGUGGCAGCUAGUGGCCUAGGGCUACGAACACAGAAAGACAAACAACACACACCACUUGAUAGGAAGAAAUUAACUGCCAUAAAAGAGUUCCUGGCAGAGUUUUCUGAGAGAAAGAAUAUUAAGAUGAUGGAUUCACGGACGUUUCGGGUAACAGUGGGGAAUAAAAUCACAAAUGCACGCAGGAACUUACGGAACGAAUUUAAGAUUGAUCAAAUUGCUGCAAACAUAAGCUCAUGAGGAUGUCUCUAUUACGAAGUCGAUAUGUAUAAACUUCAAUAAAUAUUCUUUGCCUUGCUUUUGUGCCAAAAUUAACCGAUCCAAAGAAAACGGUAAUUUUUUUCAUUGGGAACAAACAAUACAAAACAAUUGUUACCGUUUCUUUGGCACUUAAAAAAAAAAAAAACCCAGUUGUUUUAUUGUAUCCAGCUGUAGAAACUCUGCCAAAUCAGACUGGAGCCUGGUGUCGCCUCCUGGUCCACCAGUCCUCAGUCAAAUCGUCCAACCCAUGCUAGCAUGGAAAGCGGAUGUUAAACGACUAUAUUCCAAAUCUGAAUCUUAAUUUGGAAACUAAAAUCAAUAGCAGCAGCAAUAUGGCAAUGAUGAGUUGACAAGAAUCGGUAGAGCAUCGGACAAAAUGCUUUGUGGUGUAUUAGUUUGGUGCUUCUCUUACUGAGUUCAAAUCCUGCUGUGGUCAGCUGUGCUUUACAUCCUUCCAGGGGACCAAUAAAAUUGAAUGCUGGUCACGUAUUAGGGGUUGAUAUGAUUGACUGCAACCCCUUGUCAAAGUUUAUGUCCUUAUUGCUGAAAUUCUCGUUUGUUUCAAUCAUUGGACUGCAGCCAUGCUGGAGCACUGCUCUGAAGAGCUUAGUCCAGUGGUUCCCAAACAUUUUGGGGCUGCUACCCCCUUGGCUAUUGGGCCACAUUCCUAGCCCCGCCACCUCCCACUCACCACCACACACAUACACCACUUUCUGCAACAAACUCUAAACCAACUGUAUUUCACAAAUAAAACUAAUUAACCCAUUA